AUGGCUACCGCAGUAAGCUCUGCUACUCCUCCGGCAGAGCUUCAUCGACAGGAACCUGCUCCUGCUCCUGCUGCCCCCAGCCAAGAUGGCAACGAACAGCUCCCCACCGCAGCCCAGAUCCUCCUGCAGAACUUCACCCUGCCUGAGUUCCCCAAGAAGGCGUCCGGCUUGCAAGCGCUGACCCUCACGUCGGACAUCAAACCGACCGAGUAUGCCGAUCUCCUGAACCCAACCGCAUCAGUAGCAGCAUCGUCAGAUUCGAAUUCGAAUUCGAAUUCGUCACUUCCCAAGGGAAUCGAGGCUCUGACCCUCGAGCUCUUCUCUCUCGGCUACCCGCCUUUCUUCCUGACCAAGUUGAGCAAGGCCCUUCCGAAACUGAAGACCCUGACGCUGUACAGCCAGCUCGUGGACGGCGUCAGCGACGGCUCACGCAGGGACGCGGGCGAGUUCUUCAACAACGUGCUCGUGGGGAAGAAAGAGAAUGGCCGCGGGCUGAGAGAGCUGCAUCUGCUAGACACCUUUAGCCGCAAGGGCUUCAUCUCGGGACUGGGUGGGAUCCUGGAGGAUCUUAAUGCGACUGGCAAGGGCGUCCUGCGCUUCCUCGAGGUGUCCUACACCUACCGCGGCCACUCGGAUUCGAAUUUCCUGGACCGCAUCCCCGGCGACGAGCUGCCCACGAUGCUGGUUCCGUCCCUCAUAGCGGCGUCGUUCAGUCUGGCUGCGCCGGUCUCGAGGAAUACGAACGCCCCAGCCGAGUUGCCUGACGAUCCGGCGGAUGUCGAUGAGAAUGGAAACCCGAUCCCCGGACGGAAGCCGGAGGGAGUCAUUCCUCUGGCCAACUCGAACCCCGGUGUUGCCAUCCUGAUGAAGAAACUCACCGGCGAGGAGACAGAAGAGACAAAGGUCACCACCAAAGAUGAUAAGAAAUCAGAGAACGGGAAGAAAGAAGACGAUGACAAAAAGAUGAUGAACAACAACAACCGGCGUAUCGCCCGGGCUCCGGCCCAGGACCACGAAACCUCAGGAUGCUCGACGCGACCGUCUACUCGCUCUCCACGGACCAGCUGGCGAGUAUCGUCCGAUCGCAGCAGGGGCUGGCCGUGUUGA